AAGAUACAGGAUUAGCUGUCUUUUUCAGAAGCUCCCUGUGGGGCACACGUGCAGUGCGACAGAUGAAGAAUGACAAACUCUGCCUCUUUGGUUUUGAUGAGUCUGAUCGAUCUAAGAUGUCACAACUUCCUCCCAAGUUGGCCUUUCCUAAUUUGUUUCUGAUUUUAUAGGUUACAUUCAUCGCCAUUGUUAAUCAGAAGCAGUUAUCAACUGAUUUUCCUGAGGUUGAGAUUGUUUCAGGCGGAUCAGCUGUUAUAUUACCAAAAAACUGGAAUUGCGCUGUCUAAACAUUAAUGUCACAUGGAAAGGAUGGAGAGGAAAGACAUGCAGCCAACUGGCUUGAUUGCAGGGCAGAAAUGCCUUAGAAGAUGCUGGCUUUGGUAGCCAGUAAUGGAGCUGGUUUCAUGCAACAAAACGACAAAUAUCCUACGUUCGCCGGAGAACAACCACUCAUCUAACUUCCAGUUCUAGUUUGCAUCCUUUCAUGGGUCGCAAUAAGCUUGUGAUGAAGAAAAUUGAGAAUUCGACAUCCCGCCAACAAACCUAUUCAAAGCGCAAGGAUAGCAUUGUUAAGAAGGCAAAUGAGUUGGCUGUUUUAUGUGACACAGAUGUUGCUCUUUUGAUGUUUUCUCCAACAGGUCAAUUGACCAGCUAUUCCAGCAGAGGAAGUGUUGAGGAUAUCAUGCUCCGUGUUGUGAACCGGCCUGGUGAACUGCACAGGCGACCCAUUCCGAAUGAGCAGUACUUUUCGCAGAGGCUCGCGCAGCUAAAAUAUGAAUCAGAAAUGGUGGAAAAGAUAGCUAUUGCCGAGGCUCACGAGGAGAAGCUUAAUAAGCUCAAUCAAAGACUAAGUGAAGCACGAGAGAAUAUAAGGUACUACGAACCGCAAGCGGAGGGUAUCAACUCGGUCCACAAAGCUGUUGCAUGCCAGCAGUUCCUUAUGAGUGCUAUGGAACGUAUACAACAAUUAAAAGCAAAACUCUUGGGCGGUGAAGUUCUCCAGAGAAAUGAAAAUGUCGAGGUGGCUUCGGUCAACACAGAGGAUACAGCUGCUGCAGGAAUUAAGGGAUGAAAGUUUUUAGCAGUUCCUGGUGUCAAACUUAUGCAGGAGGAGUUGUAUUAUUUGUUAUUUUAAGAACUUAGUAAAUAACUUGCACCAAUGGGGCAAGCAAAAGUAUGAAUAAUGUUGCAUGUCUAUUACUGCAACUUUUAGAGUUCUUGUAUGACAUUACAGCUCUACCUUUUUGUUUCUUUGCUCAUAUAUUUAUUUCCCAUGUUGCUCCC